AUGGUAAUUAUUCUUUAAUAGAUAAAAACAAAAGAAAAAUAUUUUUCCAGAAAUGAAUACCAGAAAUGAGCUUGCAUUAUCUAUCAUAGACUUCUUAAAGUCCGAAAAAGAAAGUGGUCGUUUGGGUGAGGAUGGAACAGAAGCUUUAGAAGUUGCAAUUGAUUGUUUACAGAAUGCUUAUGGUCUGCAAGAUUCAAAUACUUCAUCAUUAAACCUUUUAGACAUAUGUGAUGUGGCACUGAAUAAUUCUCCUAAAACAAAACCUGUGACAGAUGAUCAUAAAAAGCAAGCAGAAGACUUAAAAAGCCAAGGAAAUGACUUGAUGAAACAGGAACAAUAUUUAGAAGCAAUCACAUGUUAUACAAAAGCAAUUGAUUUAAAUCCAAGUAAUGCAGUGUAUUAUUGCAACAGAGCUGCUGCACAUACUAAGUUAAAUGAAAACGAAAAAGCUAUUGUUGAUUGUGAAAAAGCCUUGUCAAUUGAUGCAAAUUAUAGCAAAGCCUAUGGCAGAAUGGGAUUAGUAUACUUGAAUGGAAAAAAAUACGAGAAGUCAAUUCGCUGUUACGAAAAGGCUGUCCAUCUGGAACCUUCAAAUAAUUCCUACAAACAAAAUUUAGAACUGGCAAGAGAGCAGAUGAAAUCAGAACAACCCAGUGUAGCAGCAGCUCCAACAGCUGCAAAUCCUCUGGCAGGACUUGAUCUGGGAUCACUUCUUUCAAAUCCUGCAGUUAUGAACAUGGCUCAAAGUUUUAUGCAGAAUCCACAAAUGCAAAAUAUGUUUUCUAGUAUGAUGGGUGGCCCGCCUCCUUCACAACCACCACAAGAAAAUACAGGAGAAGAGGCUACGGCAAAUCCCCAACCUGAAGGGGUUGGCACUGGAUUUCAAAUGCCAGCUGGUCUUGACUUGGGGAAUAUAAUGAAUGCAACACAACAAUUCGCUGAACAAAUGCGUCAAACCAAUCCAGACCUUGUCAACAAUUUAAGGUCGCAGUUCCAGCAAGGACAACAUCCGACCGAAACUCCGCCUACAAAAGAAGAUGAUCCACCACCAUCUGGCGGUGGGAAUUAACGUCGUCUGAAUAUUUUUUUACUAUGAAUAUAUGGUAGUAAAUAA